AUGGCGACAGACGUGACACGACUGGAGCCCGUCCGCGGUGCUAAGCGGAUCUCAUCAAUCACAGCCGAGGAGCGCUAUUGGAAAUCUUUUUCGUCGCAGCUACAAUUACCCUCGCCAAAUUCUCAACACGUUACCUAUAUUUCACAUCCCCCGCCUUCUUCCAAUUCUCUGGUGUCCCCGACACCUGAGGUCUUUGCAGUCACCGCCGGUCAACGUAUACAGAUAUUCUCAUCCCGGACAAGGAAGCUGUUAAAGACCAUAACGAGAUUUAAUCCAGAAGACAUUGCAUACAGCGGGACAGUACGUCGCGAUGGCAGGAUACUGCUUGCUGGCGGGAACAAUGGUGUUGUCCAGGCCUUCGAUGUAAACUCAAGAGCUAUCUUGAAACAAUUCAAAGAGCACAAACAACCCGUAUGGUGCACGCAAUGGCAUCCGCGCGACCUCACCACAGCAAUGAGCACAAGCGACGACCAAACCGUCCGCCUGUGGGAUCUUCCCAGCGAUGAUAGCACCCAUAAGUUCUACGGCCACACCGACUACGUCCGCUGCGGGACCUUUAUGCCCGGCCAAACCGACCGGCUACUCGUCAGCGGCAGCUACGAUACCACAGUCCGUCUGUGGGACCCGCGAACGACAGGGAAAGCAGUAAUGACGUUCAAGCACGCGGCAGCCGUCGAAUCCGUUCUUCCACUCCCAUCUGGCACGACGCUGCUCGCUGCCGCCGGGAACACUGUUUCUGUCCUAGAUGUUAUCGGCGCGCGGCCAAUCACGCAGCUCAAGAAUCACCAGAAAACUGUUACGACUAUGGCACUUGCGUCCAGGGGCACUCGUCUGCUAACGGGUGGUCUGGAUGGGCACAUAAAAGUGUUCGAGACCGCGGCGUGGAAUGUCGUGGCGGGCUUCAAAUACCCUAAUCCCAUCUUAUCCCUCGACGUUAUCAGCUCCGGCGCAAAGCAAGAAGACAAACACAUAGCCGUCGGCACAUCCACAGGUCUUGUUAGUAUCCGCACACGUCUGUCCGCACAGCAGAAACUCCAACAGCGCGAGCGAGAACGCGAGAUGGAUGCCUUAGCCGCCGGACGGAUAGAGGAAUACGAUAGGAAAAAGGGCAAGCCACUAACGAGCAUGAUGAAGAAGAGGCUACGUGGGAAAGACUUCACAGGUGAGGGAGUGGAUAUCGUGGUUGAAGGGCCGAACCGAGGGAGGCUGAGGGGGGCGACGAAGUGGGAGCAUGCGUUGCGAAAAGGGCAGUUCGAGGAGGCGUUGGACUAUGUGCUCGACCCGACGCUCAACUUUAAACGCCAAGACUGCAUGACACUCCUUACCACCCUCCGCCACCGUUCCGCGCUCCGUGCUGCUCUACAGAAUCGCGAUGAAGUUUCACUACAGCCCAUCCUGGUCUUCCUUCGCAAGACGAUCAGCGAUCCGCGGUUUGUUAAGCUCACCACAGACGUAGCUAUGGUAUUGCUAGAUAUCUAUGGACCGCAUAUGGGGCUGAGCCCGGAGAUUGACAAGCUGGUAAAAGACUUGCAUGAUGCUGUUCGGUUGAACUUUGAGAUUGCGCAGUGGGCUUGUAGUAUCACGGGAAUGGUGGACUUGUUAAUGGUAGGGGCAGAGAAUCGAGAUUGA